AUGGAUUCAAUCCCAUAGUGGAUUUGGUUUGCAGCACCUGAAAAAUGGGAGAGCAAAUGAAGCAUUGAGGCAGCCCAAAACCUCCAUUUCUGCGCCACACCUCAUCUCUGCCAUUCAGUUUACCCGCCAUGGGAGGCACAGGAAGAACUCUGCUCUCUCUUUCAGUCUCAACAAAUCUGUUAAUCAGUGCUCGUGUUUCACCGCCCAAGUGUCUGUCGCUCCUCAAAAUACCGAAACCCAUAAGAAAUUUCUCAGGAUUUAGGCCUCUUUGCUCCGCUACCAGCGCCACGACCAACGCAGAAUCUACGGAAACAACUCAGGCGAUUGAACCGUUGAAGCACUCUAUUUUGCUUGAGCGGCUCAGGACUAGGCAUCUCAAUGAAUCUGCUUCUAAAACUAAGCCAGUUGUGGGAAGCGGUGAGGAGAAAAUGAAGAAGCCAGAAAAGAAGAAGAAAUUGGUUGAAAGUUUUGAAGAAUUGGGUUUGAAUGAGGAGGUGAUGGGGGCUCUGAGGGAGAUGAACAUUGAGGUUCCGACUGAGAUUCAGAGCAUUGGAAUCCCGGCUGUUUUGGAAGGGAAGAGUGUGAUUUUGGGUUCUCAUACUGGGUCUGGUAAAACUCUGGCUUACUUGCUACCCCUUGUCCAGUUGCUGAGGCGGGAUGAAGAACUGUUUGGCAAGUUAAUGAAGCCUAGGCGUCCUCGAGCAGUCGUGCUAUGUCCCACGAGGGAAUUAUCUGAACAGGUGUUUCGCGUGUCGAAAUCUAUCAGUCAUCAUGCGCGAUUUAGGUCUACCAUGGUAAGUGGUGGUGGUCGGAUCAGGCCACAAGAGGACUCGUUAAGUAAUCCAAUAGACAUGGUGGUGGGAACUCCUGGCAGAGUUCUUCAACAUAUUGACGCAGGCAACAUGGUGUAUGGUGACAUCAAAUACUUGGUGCUGGAUGAGGCAGACACCAUGUUUGAUCACGGAUUUGGACCCGACAUUCGUAAGUUUAUUGGCCCAUUAAAGCAUCGUGCCUCGUCACAUGAUGGCCAAGGAUUUCAAACAAUAUUGAUCACUGCAACAAUGACAAAGGCAGUUCAAAAGCUGAUUGAUGAGGAGUUUCAAGGCAUUGUGCAUUUACGCACAUCAACUUUGCAUAAAAAGAUCGCAUCCGCUCGUCAUGAUUUCAUCAAGCUUUCAGGUUCUGAAAAUAAGAUGGAAGCUUUAUUGCAGGUUCUUGAACCAAGUUUGGCAAAAGGAAACAGGGUAAUGGUGUUCUGUAACACUUUAAAUUCCAGCCGUGCCGUGGAUCAUUUUCUCGGUGAAAAUCAAAUUUCUACAGUCAAUUACCACGGAGAGGUGCCUGCACAGCAGCGAGUCGAGAAUCUCAAGAAGUUCAAGAGCGAUGAUGCUGAUUGUCCGACGUUAGUCUGCACGGACUUGGCCGCUAGGGGCUUGGAUUUGGAUGUGGAUCAUGUCAUUAUGUUUGAUUUUCCUUCGAAUUCUAUCGAUUACCUUCAUCGCACGGGAAGAACAGCUCGUAUGGGUGCAAAAGGAAAUGUGACAAGCCUGGUUACUAAAAAGGAUCAUAUUUUGGCCACUCGCAUCGAGGAAGCAAUCCGAAAAAACGAGAGCUUAGAAUCUCUCACAGCAGAUAACGUGCGGAGAGACAUCGCACGGGAUCGUAUGAUAACCGAGCAGAAAAUGAAAAAUGAAAAAUUGGUUAAGGUUUCAAAGGAGAGAACCAGAGCUAAAUCAUCAACAUCAGCAGCAAAACCUUCAAGUGUCCAUUCAAAAGAUGAAUCUGGAAAAGCUUCAUCUCCAGUAAAGACUCAGAAGUCCGGUGUUCGAGUUUCUAAGUUAACAAAACCGUCGAGGAAUGUCCCCAGAAAGCCGUCUUCCGAACCGAAGAAGCAGGUGACGAGCAGAAGGCAGUCCAGAAAUGGCAUCAAACCUUCAGGUCAGAAACUAAAUGUAGUUGGGUUUAGAGGGAGAAGCAGCCAGUCUGAUAAGAGAAGAUCAGUAUCCGGUUAAGUGGAAGACAGGUUUUAGAUGAGAGUUUAACAUAGUUUUAUAAACUUUUCAUGUAAUUUUUUUGUCUUAGUUCUUCAUUUGAAAUGGCUUGAUGAGUAUAAGGAAGUGUAAUUUUGCUGUUAAAGUGUAUGUUUUAUAAGUGAAACUUCUUGAGAAGGAACAAAUUAGUGCCAACCUUUAUCAAGCCUCUCUUUUUAUGUGUCUACGAGGGAUAAAAGAGUACACAUCGGGGCCCUUUUAUCAUACGUGGUACGGAAAUGAACAUAGUUUUACAUCGAUUGAAAUAGACAAAAACUUUUGUUGA